GUAUAUAGGUAUUGAUGGUUUAAGUACGACUAUUAUUUUGAUAAGUUUUCAGCGGCGUGGACGAAGAUAACGGGAGUUUAUGAUACAGAUAUACAGAGAGGUAAAUAGAGGAUGCGUUGUAGUAGAAUGAGAUGGAUGCGUUUGCUUGGCGCAAACACUAGUAGCAAAGAUUUUCGAGCGAUUCCAAAUUCCAUUUCGAGUAAACGUACUUUCGUCUGUCCACAUUACAUUAAAAAUAAUUUCAGGGUCAUCAUUUAUUUUGUUUUGUAACCAGCGGCUAUAUUCUACUCGGAUCGGCCUAUCUCUGGAUAACAACCCCUCGACUUUACUGUAUUUGUAUGGCCGCCGUUUAUCUUUUUCAAUAUUUUAAACACAGUUUUAUGGUUCUCUUCAAACUGGCGUGCCGCUCUUUUAAUACUAGAUGUAGGAUGGUUCGUAAUAUAUUGUAUAAUUGUUUCUUCUAACGAUACUGAUAGUUGAGAUGAAACAUCCUCGUGAGACGGACCAAAGACUGAUUUACGCGAAUUCUUUGAACUGCCUGUACAAUGUAUAAUAAUAUGAGCGUUUAUCGGACACCUUCGUAUGCCUCCAUAUCGUUCACGAUAUGUUCUUAAAGCUAGCGCCGCGUUUUGUUGACACUCACCAUAAAUUAAAAUCAUAUCGGUAUACUCAGUAGCCGUAUAUAACUUCUAUCUAUAUGUGACUGUAAAACAAUACCCCAAUCCUAACUUUUAAGUUAUAUAGCCAAACUAUAAACUAAGUGUUCGUUUUUUACAAACUACUUUAUAUGCCAAUAGGUACCCUAAUCAAACAACAUUUUACUAUUAGUGGUAGUUCAGACAUGGCGGAUUCCGCGCGGAUGCAAAUCGCGCGGUUCUAAACGCAAGUGUUCAGACAGGCGCGGAUGUACAUGCGGAGUGCCGUUAUUCGCAUAGGGUGACAGUCCAAUCAUGGAAGUCGAAGAAGCAAUAUGUGUGUACUUGUUGCUCCGUAAAAAAGAAAGAAAGAAGAAACGGCAGUAUUGGGUGCAUCCAAUAUUACGCGAUCGGUUUACUCAUGGUCAGUUUCAGACUUUAUAUCCAAAAUUAAGAAGUUUUGAACCAAAAUUCUUCAAUAUAUUUGAGAAUGUCGAUAAAUUCAUUUGAUGAAUUAUUAGAAAUGAUGAGUAAACAAAUUGAAUCUAAUGAUACCCAUAUGAGGUCAAGCGUGUCCCCAGAAGAAAAACUCGUGAUCACAUUAAGAUAUCUGGGUACUGGUUGUUCCUUUGGAGAACUACAUUACAACUUUCGUCUUGGCAAAUCUACAAUCACAGGAAUUGUCCGUGAAGUAUGUGAAGCUCUGUGGGAAAAAGUCACAAAAAACGUCAUGCCUGAACCCAGCGAAGAUAUAUGGAAGAAAAUAGCUAAAGAUUUUGAAAAAUAUGCAAAUUUUCCCAAUUGCAUAGGCGCCAUAGAUGGCAAGCAUAUAAGGAUUACAAAACCCAAAGAUUCGGGUUCUUUGUAUUAUAAUUACAAAACUUUUUUUUCCAUAGUACUGUUGGCACUUUGUGAUAGUAACUAUUGUUUUACUUUCAUAGAUAUCGGAUCUUACGGAAAAAGUAGUGAUUCUGCAAUUUUUAAAAAUUCAGCAUUUUAUAAAAGGUUAAUAGAAAAGUCAUUACACAUACCAAAACCUAAACCAAUAUCUGAAACAGAUCCUAAACCAUUGCCAUACGUCAUAGUUGGCGAUGAAGCGUUUGGUUUAUCCGAAAAUGUAAUGCGACCCUAUGCAGGUAAAGGGCUAUCAUACGAAAAAAAAAUAUUUAAUUACAGGUUAUCAAGAGCUCGACGUUUUAUUGAAUGCACUUUUGGAAUUCUGGCAAACAAGUGGCGCAUUUUUCAUAGGCCUAUAAACGUGAAUAUAGACUUUGCCGAAGACAUAAUAAAGGCCUGUUGCGUGCUACACAAUUUUGUUAGAACUAGAGAUGGUAUACAGUAUGAAGAUACUUUACAUACUGCGCCAAUGAGUAAUCUUAUUACAUUACAUGCAGGAAGGGGUACACCAUCAUCAUUAAACAUUAGAGACAAAUAUGCUAAUUACUUUGUGAAUGAGGGUCGUGUAGAAUGGCAAGACACGAAAAUAUGAAAUUAAAAUUGUUACAGUUCGCGCCAAAUAACUAAACUCAAGAUGGCGCGUCGCGUUGGUGGGUUGUACAUAUUACAGUUAAUAGCUAUACGUUACUGUGGUAACGUGAUAGUUUUCCCGCGCUCGUUACGUACCGCCAAACAACGUUAUACACAUUUCAGUUAUUUGGGGUGGGCUGUCUAUUACAAAACAUGUAAACUACCCUGGUAAAA